AUGGCCAAGACGGUUUGUAUUGUUGGCGCUGGUCCUUCGGGACUUGUCGCAGCCAAAACGCUGUUACACAACACUGCCCCUGGCGAAUUCAAAGUUACCAUCUUCGAUGCCCAGAAGGAUAUCGGAGGACUGUGGCCUACGUCAAAGACGGAUAAUGGCAGACAGGUCCACCCAUUUAUGUGGGCGAACCAGAGCAGGCAUACAAUGCAGUUUAGUGAACUUGCAUGGGAAGACAGUGACCCUCAACUCCCACAGGGGUGGAUGGUUGGAAAGUAUCUUCACAGAUAUCUCGAGCGGUUCCUUAAGAGCAACAAGAAUUUUGAACUCAAGCUUGGUACACGAGUUGAGAGUGCAGAGCGGCCAGAGGGAUCAUCCAAUGGGUGGGUUGUCAGCACCAAGUCAGGUGCUGGAACUGAAUCAAAGAAGUUUGACUAUCUUCUUGUUGCCUCUGGCUUCUUUGGGAAGCCUAUUAUACCUGAGAGUCUUGAGAAGCAGACACCUAUCCCUGUUGUCCACAGCAGCCAUUACAGAGAUGUGAAGAGCCUCCUGGGCGAAGGCAGACCUGGUGGUGGGAAGAUCCUCGUAGUUGGUGGACAGAUGUCUGGGGUCGAGAUCGCUGGAACCAUUGGCGCUCAUCUUUCUUCCGAGGCCAACUCACCCGAUCCAUCGAGAAUUACCGAUAUCGACAAGUACAGCAUUCAUCAUGUCAUCCAACGCCCGAUAUGGGUGUUCCCUCUUUAUACCAGCCCCAAGCCUACAGAAGCCGCAGCGCCAUUUCUCCCUCUCGACUUUUCUUCGUAUAACCUCAACAACCGCCCUCGACCCCUGACCAACACACAAGGACACAUCCCCGAAGCAACAGCAAAGGUGGUUCACAGUGUCUACAAAGGCGUUCUUGGCACUGAUCAAUCGGAAUAUUCCCCACUGCUCAAAAUCGAUAACACAAAUGAUGAUAAGCAGCCCUAUUUGGCUGUUAGCGAAUGGUACACUGAUUUUGUUCGAUCUGGAAUGAUUUCUUUGUCGAAAGGCAAAGUCGAAAGCCUCGAAGGAUCUACGGCUACACUGUCCGACGGCACAAAGAUUGAGGACAUUGCAGCAGUGGUGGUUGCGACAGGUUUUGAUGCUUCACCUCGCAUAAACUACCUUCCUGGAGAAGUCUUGAAGGCACUUCAUUUCUCACCAAAACACAUUGAUCAGCCUGUCGCCCUGGCUUUCCAUGGAACUCAUCACCCCGAAGUUCCGGAUCUAGGCUUCGUGGGAUUCUAUAGAUCUCCUUACUGGGGUGUGAUGCAGAUGCAGGCUCGGUUUGUGGCUGCGCUAUGGUCUGACAAUGUAUCCCCUGGUCGUGAAUCUGAGAGCUUUAAGAAUAAACUUCGCGAUGACACCUCGAUUCAACGAACACUCGAAUUGCGAAAUGAUCCCCGAGUAUCGCAGUUCCCAAUGGGCGACUACCCUUACCUGGUGAAUGAGAUUGCAGAGGCACUUGAGUUGAAGAUUCGCGAGCCUCUUGAGCCUCCGGUUCCCAGCUUACCGCAUAACAAUCUGCCGUUGGACAUGCUCACACCAGCGAGGUAUUCAAAUGCUAGUGACGACCAGGAUUCAAAGGAUGCUGCGACGAAGUCACUCGAGCAGACACACAAAGAUGCAACCGAUGGCCUGACGACGUCGAGAUUCGUGGCCCACGCUGUGUUUCGAAGUCUUCUCGGUACAUGGAAACUCGAGCGAGAUCUUGUCAGCAAACUGCCCUCACAUCCGAGCGGACACUUUAGUGGGACUGCGCAGUUCCUCCUCCGCGAGAAGACGAACGAUGGGUUGCGAUGUGCGGGCAACCCUAGCGAGGACUCCCCUAGCGAUGAUGAGCUGGGCAUGGAGUAUCUCUAUAUCGAAGAGGGAGAGUUCAAGACCGAACAAGGGUUCGGCUUCAAGGCCACACGUCGUUACGUCUGGGGAUAUGAUGAGCUCAAGGAUGUGCUGAGCGUGUGGUUCGCUAAACCAGAGGAUUUAAAGCGUGCAGACUAUCUUUUCCACGAGAUCGAGUUCACAGAACCGACGAGUAAGGGAUGGAAGGCCAAGGCAGGACAUUUGUGUAUUGACGACUACUACGAUGUCAAGUACAACUUUGCCUUCCAGGCCGUCAACCUGAAGGAGUGGGGCAUCGAGUACACGGUCAAGGGGCCGAAGAAGGAUUAUACCAUCAGUGGCACUUAUAAGCGUUAG